AUGUCCGGAUUUCCCACUCUUAAGCCUGCCUUCACCGUUCGGGUGAACAUAGAUGCUCCUCUAGCAGUUGGCAGCGCCUCUCGGUCCAACCCUCUACAGGUUGUGCCUAUGACCGGAGGUACUGUCAAGGGCGACUCUGGUUUCUCUCCCGCGCUCGACGCCGAAUUCGUCGGAGUGGGCAAUGACUACAUCCACGCGGAUGCCGACGGCAAGCACCUGCGAUUGAGCGCGCAUGCAGUUCUUAAGACCAAAGAUGAUGCUCUCCUCUACCUGAACUACACCGGUGUUCUCACCCUUACCCCCUCAGAGCAGGCGGUCUUCGCUGGCACCGCCCCAGAAGGUUCAACGCCUUUCGGCAAUCUCUGUAAGUACAUCACCGGGCUAUCCAUGCCAGAACCAUCACUGACGACCGGCGACGAGCGCUACAAGGACCUCGAGAACCGUGUGUUCGUCGGCCAGGGACGCUUCAACAUCGAGAGCGGCAAGCCGGUCGUCGAGUACAGAGUAAGCCAGGUUCUCCAUGGCUAA